AUGGAAAAUGUCCCCCAGGAAAGCAAAGGAAGGGAGCAGACCCCAGUGCAGAAUGAAGAAGAAGCUGGCCAUUUGGGAGGUGGUGAAGGCCAGGAGCCUGGAGGAAAUAUUAGAGGGGGUUGGGCUCCACUUGCCCAGGAUUUGAGAAAGGAUAUUCCCAAUAGGCUUUUCAAUAACAUUGACAUGAUAGAUGGAGAUGCAGAUGAUAUGGAACGGUUCAUGGAGGAGAUGAGAGAGCUAAGGAGGAAAAUUAGGGAGCUUCAGUUGAGGUACAGUCUGCGCAUUCUUAUAGGAGAUCCCGCUCACCAUGACCAUCAUGAUGAGUUUUGCCUUAUGCCUUGA